AUAUAUAAGUCAGCCCAUCACUUGCUAUCUCUUCACCACCUCUCGUUUCGUUUCCACACCACUCCUCAUUACUAAAACCUUUCCGGCUGCCACCACCUCUCUCCCGCGCCGGCCAUAACAGGUAAAGCAGAUUCAAUUCCCUAUUGAAUACGCUAAAAUGACCUCAAUUACUCCCUUUCUUUCUCUCGCAGCUCCCCCUACCACCGCCUUCACUUCGAAACCGAAGCAGCUCUCAAUCCCAGCAAAACUAGCGACGCCGUUUUGUUGUUGUUAUUCGAAUGAUGGUUUGAAGCUGCGUAGGAGGAAGGGUUAUUUUAUUACUAACAAAAGUAAUGGAGGAGGGUUGUUUGUAUUUGCGUGUUCGACGACGCCGUAUGUGCGGAGAGUUGCGUCGCAGAGGUUUUCGUUUGGAAAUAACGCCGGUGGUGGGGCCAAGCAAGUAGCAACGAAGGGUGAUUUUUCGCAGGUUUUGUCAGCAGUGCUUCCUUUUGUUGUUGUUGUUACUGCUGUUGCUGCUCUUGUUCAACCUUCCACUUUCACCUGGGUCUCGAAGGAAUUGUAUGCUCCUGCUCUUGGUGGGAUUAUGUUGUCUAUUGGAAUUAGACUUUCCUUUGAUGAUUUCGCACUUGCUGUCAAAAGACCUUUACCACUAUCCAUCGGAUUUAUUGCACAGUAUAUGCUCAAACCAGCUCUUGGGGUUUUAAUUGCAAAGGCAUGCGGCAUGUCUCCUAUAUUCUAUGCAGGUUUUAUCCUCACAUCUUGUGUCGCAGGGGCUCAGUUAUCUAGCUAUGCUAGCUUUUUGAGCAAAGGAGAUGUGGCAGUGAGUAUUCUUCUCACUAGCUUUACCACCAUUGCCUCAGUGCUUGUCACACCUCUUUUAACUGGCCUUCUCAUUGGGUCUGUUGUUCCGGUUGAUGCUGUUGCCAUGUCAAAGUCAAUUUUACAGGUUGUUCUUGUUCCUGUCACUCUUGGGCUUGUGCUCAAUACCUAUGCAAAACCGGUGGUCACUAUCCUUCGACCUGUAAUGCCUUUUGUUGCAAUGAUCUGUACUGCCAUGUGCAUUGGCAGUCCUCUGGCAUUGAAUAGGAGUCAAAUUCUAUCAAAAGAGGGUCUUCAGUUGGUUCUUCCUGUUUUGACAUUUCAUGCUGCGGCAUUUGCUGUGGGAUAUUGGAUCUCAAAAAUUCCUGCUUUCAGGCAAAGAGAAGAAGUUUGCCGGACAAUUUCAUUAUGCACAGGAAUGCAAAGCUCCACCAUGGCAGGGCUUCUUGCAACUCAGUUCCUCGGGGGUAGUAAUCAAGCAGUUCCACCAGCUUGCUCUGUCGUUGCCAUGGCUAUUAUGGGUCUUUCUCUUGCCUCUUUUUGGGGCAAUGGUUCCCGUAUUAGAGAUCUACCAUCUCUACUCUUCCCACAAACUGGCUCUGCUGUCCAGGCUUAAUGGAGCAACACUUGGAACAUCUUCGAGGACUGAAUCAAGCUAAUCUUUUAAUGUGCACAGAGAGAUGAUCGUAUUAUAACUGAUCCUCAUAUUGAACAUGAUUCUCCGCUCAAUAGAACAGAAGUGAUGGUCCAGCGCAAGCUGGUCAAAAAUAAAAAAUGUUGUACAGUUCUGAAAUUGGAGGAAAACAUAGAAAAGGGAAAAAUAACUGUUACCUAGGAGUUACUACCAGCUUCACCUGAAAGUCGCUAAAGUAUGUAGAGAUAAGGUAUUACAGCAUAAAUCACAAAAUAUAGUGUAUCAAUCUGGAUGUGCAUUCUCUCUCUCUCCCUCCGUGUGCCACACCCGCCAACCCCUUCAGU